CAGCAGCUGUCUCAUCAUAAAAAAAUUCAUUGACAUUUCUCGUCAAAUCUUACAAAAUCAUUUUAUUUGCAACGUACUAGUGAGAUUGUUCGCGAAACCACGUUAAAUUACAAUCUAAUCGCAUUUUCUUUAUCUCAAAAUGGCACGGUUAAGGUUUUAUUUAUUCGCGGCAGUGUUUUGCAGUUUAACGAUACUAGGUCAAGGCAACGUGACAGAUGUGUUGCCAGUAACAAUCACAGUUCCCACACCAAGCCCUACAGAACCUAGCACAACCACAGAGAAACCAGACACCACUACGGUCAUAACUACACCAGAAUCUGUCACCAAGCAUAAGACAACCACUACGGAGAAGCCAACUACCACUUCCACAACUUCAACCACAACCACAACUACAACGACUACACCUGCUCCCCCAACCCCUACUCCAGCACCUACCCCAGCCCCUACCCCUGCCCCUACUCCUGCCCCUACCCCAGCACCUACCCCUACCCCAGCCCCAGGUCCAAUACCAGCCCCUAAACAAGGCAAAUGGAUGUACAAGGACAACAAGAAUGUGACCUGCAUUGUCGUCGAGUUUGCAGCACAGUUGAACGUCACAUACACCAAGGCUGCAAAUUCCUCUCUCCAGUACUUCGUAGUGAACGUGCCACCAAAUGCCACAGUCGUUGACGGCAACUGCAACGGCACGGAGCAAUGGCUGACCCUGAGCUGGGCGGCGAAGAACGAAACCGUUAAUGUCACCUACAACAACAUGGUUCUGUUCUUCCACCAGAACGCGACCACCAAGAUGUACUCGCUCAAAUACUUGAACAUCUCUCUGUCACCGGAAAUGUUCCCCAACAGCUCGAACACGAAAGGACCCGUGGAAUUCUGGCAUGGCGUGGAAUGGACGACGCCCCUCGCUACCUCGUACCGCUGUGCGACGCCCACGCAAAUCAAUAUGACGUCAGACAUGUCCGCCGCGACCCUGACACUCUCGCAGCUUCAGGAGGAGGCCUUCAGGACGUCCCACGAUGAGACCUUCAGUGCUGCUCGCGAAUGCAGCGGCACGGACGUGCCAGACGCUGUGCCGAUAGCUGUGGGCUGCGCUCUGGGCGGUCUGGUGGUGGUGGUGCUGGUGGCCUACCUCGUGGCGCGCCGCCGCUCCGCCGCGCAGGGCUACCUCUCCAUGUAAAAGAAACGGAUGAAGGAGGGUCAACGUACGUAGACAAUUAGUGUAGGAGUAUAAAUACAUAAAUAAAUAUUAAUUUCAUUUCAUCGCAUUUAUAUACAAUACAAUAGUCAUACAUUCGCAUCAUCUUGUAUUAGUAGGUUUGCUCAAAACUUUUAUGUUGGCCACACUGUAUGUAUUAAAAAGUUUUUAGAUAGGUUCUGGAUUGACAGACGAUUAUUUUUACAU